CUGAAAUGAACUCAGUUCGUUAGUUGCAUGGAUUUUGUGAGCGUGUGAACGAGACUUGUUUUUUAUUUGCAGAGGAUUUCAGAGGUAUAAUGACUAUAUUCGUAAACACUUGAGCUAUCUAUCAUAGCGUUCACAAGCGAAUCACAGGGAUCUGGUCGGGUAUCCGUUGUAUAUCCCUCGCUUCCGACUCAUUGAAGAAGAACUCCUCGUCCAAUUUGAGGAUCCACUGUGGUAGAUAGCAGAGAAAUAAAACAACAGCAUGUCAUCGUGUUGGCCAAAGCUGCCGUUAUAUUUGGCUUCACAGCACACAACCAGAACACUUCUCAACAAGAGCACUUGUGUUUGUUCAACGAUCCCCAAUCUGAGACACUACACCUGUGGAAAGAAUCCGUCCAGGAGGAGAGUAGCAAUCACUGGAAUAGGACUUGUCUCUCCUCUCGGCACAGGGACGACUCUACCUUGGAACCAGCUGAUUAGUGGUGCCAGUGGGAUCGUCGCCCUUGACUCUGAGAUGUAUAAGACAGUCCCCUGUAAAGUGGCAGCCCUGGUGCCCCGAGGGGAUGGAGAGGGCCAGUUCAAGGAUGAGAGAUUUGCAACGCGUGGGGAGAUCAACAGUAUGUCACCAGCCACUGUCAUGGCUCUCGGUGCCGCCCAGCUGGCACUGGAGGAUUCUGGGUGGUAUCCCAGCAGCCCUGAGGAGCAGCUGACCACAGGGGUGGCGGUGGGGAUGGGCAUGGUUUCUCUGGACGAGAUCGCCAAGACGUCGGCCAUCUUCCAGGCGAAAGGUUACAGUAAGGUCAGCCCCUUCUUUGUGCCUCGUAUCCUGGUCAACAUGGCUGCAGGUCACAUCAGCAUCAAGCACAAACUGAAAGGUCCCAACCAUGCCGUUUCCACCGCCUGCACCACUGGAGCCCAUGCCCUCGGUGAUGCAGCCAGGUUCAUCGCCCACGGAGACGCCGUCGCCAUGGUAGCGGGUGGGACAGAAGCCUGCGUGGGACCUCUGUCAAUCGCGGGGUUCGCCAGGGCGAGGGCUCUGAGUACCCACUGGAACGACCAGCCCCGGCUGGCAUCGCGGCCCUUCCACCCAGAGAGGGAUGGGUUUGUGAUGGGUGAAGGGUCUGCGGUGGUGCUCCUGGAGGAGUGGGAGCAUGCUGCGGGGAGGGGGGCCAGGGUGUAUGCUGAGGUGCUGGGGUACGGCCUGUCAGGGGACGCCAGCCACAUCACAGCCCCCACUGCUGAUGGAGACGGAGCCUUCAGGUGCAUGUCUGCAGCACUCCGAGACGCCGGUGUGGAACCAGCCCAUGUGACGUACGUGAACGCACACGCCACCUCUACACCACUAGGUGACGCUGCAGAGAACGCCGCCAUCAAGAGACUGUUCCAGCAGCACGCCGCCGCCGUGGCUGUCUCCUCCACUAAAGGGGCCACGGGGCAUCUCCUGGGGGCUGCCGGGGCCCUGGAGGCAGCCUUCACUGCCCUGGCCUGUUACCACAGCACUUUGCCACCCACCCUCAACCUGGACCGCACCGAGCCAGAGUUUGACCUGAACUAUGUGCCCUGCACAGCACAGCAGUGGAAGACAGAGGGCAGGCGGGUAGCUCUCACAAACUCUUUUGGGUUUGGGGGGACUAACGCGUCACUGUGUCUCGCCAGUGUCUGAAAAGCUUGUCUGAAGGAUUCACUUCUUACUGGUUUUGUAUUGAUUUCACAACAGAUUCUUUAUAGAUACCUAGUAUUUCAGUUUCAAAAUGUUCUCAAUAUUAUAUUGGGACAUGUAAUGUAAACAUCGAUCAUACAAUUCUGAUUGAAGUUUACAUUUUCAUCAUUCAAAUACAGAUAUACUGUGUGUACUUGAAUACAGUAGUAUGUUUAUUUAUCACCAGCAGGUGGCACUGUCUCACAUGGAGGCUACACUGGAGAGGCUAUGGGUUAUUACCUUUUAUACAGACGGUUCAGCUCUAGCCCCUUGGCCUUUAUUGUAAUAGAAGGCUGUGCUGGUUGGUCAUAAAGUGUAAUUUCUCAAGCUCCACCAUGAGCAUAAACAUCAGUCACUCAUUUGGGUCUCAAAGGCCUUGGUUUGUACUUUCUGUCCUCUAAAACAGGGUUUUUAUUGGUGGAAUUCAGAGGUUCUCAACCUGGGGUACGGAUAAACCAGGGGAUACUUGGGAAGACGCAUAGGAACAUAGGCCUACUGGUAUAUUGCACAUGAGGGGGUACUCCCAGGUUACCCCAGGCUGAGCAAAAUGUAAUUGCGGAUACAGUAACUAAAGAGCCACUGGUGUAAUUCUACAGCCCGAUUUAGCACUGUUUAUUGGAGGAGUGAUGCUCUAACGUUUCCAAUAAUCUUCUCUUUCUGAAAGUGCUUUAGUUCCGCUUGUAAAAUCAGCAAUGCAUCCAAUUAGGGCAUUUUGUGUAUUUCCUGGUAGGUAGGGGGUUCAUCCAUUCAGCCCUGUAAAAUAUAUUCUAGAUACUGUGGUGGCCGGUUUCCGGGAAACAGAUUAAAAAGCCUUGUCCUGGACUAAAAAGAGCUUUCAAUGGAGAUUCUCAGAGAAAUUGUCAGGUAAAAUGGCCUUCAAUGUUUUGGGCUUUGUGUGAACAACAUGUCAUCAAUACCGCAGACAAGAGAGGACUGGAGUGAUGUGAUCAAGGGGAAGGACAUCUGGCCUUAUCUAUGUCCCAAAUGGCACACUAUUUCCCUGAGCACUCUACUUUUGACCAGGGCUUAUAUGUGUGUGCUCUAUAUAGGGAAUAGGUUGCCAUUUAGGACGCAUACAUUAUCUCAAGGGAGACAGAGAGGAAUUGGGUAAAACAUGGGGGGGAUAAGCUUUCACAUUUUGUUACUCCUCUUCUCCAUUCCAAUGUGUAAAAGCAAUACACAGUGCCAGUUGCUCUUCUGUGAAAAAUAAAAACGGAGUUCUUGAACCAA